AUGACAGAUAUCGAAAUUAAAGAAAAUAUUGAAACAACUAUUAAUAAAGAAGAAGAGGAAGAAAAUACAGAAACUAUUUUAAUGAACCCAACAACAAUUAUAAAUAAAAUCGGUGGAUAUGAAUUUUUUAGAAAUGUUUUAAAAUCACCAAAGUUAGUAGUUGCACCAAUGGUUGAUCACACCUAUUUAGCAUUUCGUAUGUUAACUAGAAAAUAUGGUGCAGAUUUAGUUUAUACACCAAUGUUCCAUUCAAAGAAUUUUGUAACUUGCAAAACCUAUAGAAAAGAUAAUUUCACAACAUGUCCUGAAGAUAGACCAUUAGUAGUUCAAUUUUGUGGUAAUGAUCCAGAAUGGGUAGUCAAAGCAGCCAAAUUAGUUGAAGACCGUUGCGACGCUAUAGAUUUAAAUUUAGGUUGUCCACAACAAAUUGCCCGUCGUGGUAAUUAUGGUAGUUUCCUUUUAGAUAAACCACACAUCAUUCUUCCAAUCGUUAGAGAACUUCACAAAAAUAUCAAAGUACCAAUAUUUUGUAAAAUUAGAUUACUCCCAGAUCUCAAGGAUACCAUUAAAUUAGCAUUAGAUUUACAAGAAGCUGGUUGUCAACUUUUAACAGUUCAUGGUCGUACAAAGGAACAAAAAGGUCAAUAUUCAGGCCAUGCCAAUUGGGACGCUAUUCGUCAAAUUAAAGAAGUACUUCAUAUUCCAGUCAUCGCUAAUGGUAGUGUUGUUAAAUUUGAUGAUAUUGAUAGAUGUUUAGAAGCUUCCAAAGCUGAUGGUAUUAUGAGUGCUGAAGGUUUACUCGCCAAUCCAUCAUUCUUUUGCGGUAAAGAUAUUUCAAUCUAUCAAGUUGCUCACGAAUAUAUGGACUUUUCAAUUCAAUACACCACCGCUGGUCACAUUGUCAGAAGUCACCUCUUUAAGAUGUUAAAAGAAAAAUUCGAUAACUACUCUGAUCUCAGAGAUAAAAUGGGUGAAACUCACACCAUUGACGGUUUCAGAGAUAUCGUUAACGAAUUAGAAAAUAGAUAUAAAACAGGUGCACCAUUUAUCAAAUGCUUAACAAACAAACAAAAAAGAGAAUUAAAAGAAAAAGAAGACCAAGACAAACAAGAAAAUGAAAAAAAACAAAAAACAGAAAAUGAUGAAAAUUUAAAUAACAAUGUAGAUAAUAAUAAUAAUAAUAAUAGUAAUAAUACUGAAAAUAAAUAA